AUGGCCCCCUUACUCUCCCUGGAGGACAAAGCCUUCCUCGCUGUCGCUGAACAAGUGUCUCAGAAACUAACCUACGCUCUGCAGGUGGCUAGCACUGAUGGUGGUCUCCAAAGUGAAAACUUUACAGAAGCCAUCAAUAGCAUUGUCAGAGUGGUUCUGGAGAGUAUUUCUAAUGAGACUGGUGCUCUACCUCAGGAUGUGGUUGACAGAAUUUCUGGAGCUCUUAAUGGUUUACUUCAUCUGAUCCUAAACCCCAAUAUGAGUUACACUCAACUUGGCAGCCUCACACAGGAGACUAUCCAGAUGGUAGAAGGGGCAAUUCAUGCUCUUUUACCAGCAGAGGCAGCUGAGGUGUUGGGUCCCAUCAAAAACAGCAUUUUAACCUAUCUGAAUAACAUCUCCCAACCUGCUGGAUUUGAUCAAUGGAAUGAACUCAUCAUAAAUGUGAUGACAGAACUUCAGAAUUCCCUGCCAUCUAACAACACAGCUCAGCCCAUCAUAUCAAUGCUAAUAAAAGUCACAGAAAUCCUUCUGAGCUCAAAUGAAGGUAACUUGACAAAGGAUUGGAUUAUUAACCAACAACUGACAAUGGCACUUUCCGCAAUCUUCCAAGGGAAUGUUAGUUCUGUAGAUCUCGCAACAACUGGGGUCGAUCUUGACAAGCUUUUGCAAGCCAUUGCCCCCUUACUCUCCCCAGAGGAAAGAGCCUUCCUUUCUGUAGCCGAGCAGGUGUCUCAGACAAUAACCUAUGCUCUACAGGUGGCUAGCACUGAUGGUGGUCUCCAAAGUGAAAACUUCACAGAAGCCAUCAUCAGUGCUGUGAGAGUGGUUCUGGAGAGUAUGUCUAAUGAGACUGGAGCUCUACCUCAGGAUGUGGUUGACAAUAUCCUUGGUGCUUUUAAUGGUUCACUUCAGCUGAUCGUGAACCCCAAUAUGAGUUAUGCUCAACUUGGCAACCUCACACAGGAGACUAUCCAGAUGGUAGAGGGGGUGAUUCAUGCCCUUUUACCAGCAGAGGCAGCUGAGGUGUUGGGUCCCAUCAAAAACAGCAUUUUAACCUAUCUGAAUAACAUCUCCCAACCUGCUGGAUUUGAUCAAUGGAAUGAACUCAUCAUAAAUGUGAUGACAGAACUUCAGAAUUCCCUGCCAUCUAACAACACAGCUCAGCCCAUCAUAUCAAUGCUAAUAAAAGUCACAGAAAUCCUUUUGAGCUCAAAUGAAGGCAACUUGACAAAGGAUUGGAUCAUUAACCAACAACUGACAAUGGCACUUGCCACAAUCUUCCAGGGGAAUGUUAGUUCUGUAGAUCUCGCAACAACUGGGGUCGAUCUUGACAAGCUUUUGCAAGCCAUUGCCCCCCUACUCUCCGCAGAGGAAAGAGCCUUCCUUUCUGUCGCCGAGCAGGUGUCUCAGACAAUAACCUACGCUCUACAGGUGGCUAGCACUGAUGGUGGUCUCCAAAGUGAAAACUUCACAGAAGCCAUCAUCAGUGCUGUGAGAGUGGUUCUGGAGAGUAUGUCGAAUGAGACUGGAGCUCUACCUCAGGAUGUGGUUAACAAUAUCCUUGGUGCUUUUAGAGGUUCCCUACAGCUGAUCCUGAACCCCAAUAUGAGUUAUGCUCAAUUUGGCAGCCUCACACAGGAGACUAUCCAGAUGGUAGAGGGGGCGAUUCAUGCCCUUUUACCAGCAGAGGCAGCUGAGGUGUUGGGUCCCAUCAAAAACAGCAUUUUAACCUAUCUGAAUAACAUCUCCCAACCUGCUGGAUUUGAUCAAUGGAAUGAACUCAUCAUAAAUGUGAUGACAGAACUUCAGAAUUCCCUGCCAUCUAACAACACAGCUCAGCCCAUCAUAUCAAUGCUAAUAAAAGUCACAGAAAUCCUUCUGAGCUCAAAUGAAGGUAACUUGACAAAGGAUUGGAUUAUUAACCAACAACUGACAAUGGCACUUGCUGCAAUCUUCCAGGGAAUGUUAGUUCUGUAGAUCUCACAACAACUGGGGU